CUACGGUCAAGCUAAUCAACGCAAAAAUCUAUGACACUAUAUGAUAUAAAGAUAUAUUUUUUCAUUGAAAUGCUGUUUAAAUGUGACAGACCGAACGUUUAUCACCACAGUCGUCGAAUGCAAAAAUCGCCAAACACCGCGCCUUAACAGCAAUUGCAACAUUUUCCCUGCAUAACAUGCAUUGCGAGUGCAGUGUGUGCAUGGUACAACUACAAUAAUGAGCGGAGCAUUAAGCGGGUGUCGGUCAGUGCUGGUAACCGGGGUGAGCAGGGGCAUCGGUCUGCAAAUAAUUAAAGAUUUGGCUAAAAAGACCGAAAGGAAGGCGCUUACUAUCGCGACUGUCCGUAACCCAGCGGCUGCAGAGGAACUUCAAAGAGUUGCUAAGGAGUCCUCAGGCGUCCAUGUUGUAACACUUGAUGUGACCAGUCAAGCCAGUAUAGAUGCCGCCGUUGAGGAGGUGUCAUCUCUGCUGGGGGCCGAGGGGCUGAACUGCCUUAUAAACAAUGCAGCCAUCGAUGGGGACACAGACCUCGAAAUGGUGACAGCUGAGGAGAUGCUGAAGACAUAUGAAUGUAACACUGUGGCCCCUCUCAUGGUCACUAAGGCCUUUCUGCCGCUUCUGCGAGAAGCUGCGACGCGUGGUUCUGGGAUGGGGAUCCACAGGGCUGCUGUGAUCAACAUGUCCUCCGUACUCGGUUCCAUCCAGCUGAACUCGGGAGCUUUGGUGAGAAGCAAGUGCUAUCCCUACAAGGCCUCCAAGGCAGCCUUGAACAUGGUGACAAGGUGUCUAGCCGUUGAUUUGGUGACAGAAGGAAUUCUCUGCGUGGCCAUUCACCCGGGCUGGGUGCGCACUGACAUGGGGGGCCCACAGGGUGAACUGAGUGUGGAAGAGAGUGUUUCUUCAAUCCUGAGUGUGCUUGCUGGAUUGUCUGAAAAGGAUCACGGAGGAUAUCUGGACUACACAGGGAAAACACUGCCUUGGUGAUUUUUCCUUUGGUCAUAUUUUGUGUGCAUCCUUAAAAAAGGCCUCUAUUGUAAUCUUGCUGUGACUGUUUAAUUUCUGAAAAAAAUCAAAUUGCUAGAUAUUCAGUGACCUCUGGGAUUGUUACGUAUUCUUUCUAAAAAUGCUGCAAGAUAAAACAAUAAAAGACCAAAGAACACGA